AUGGCAAAACUCGCUGAUGAUGCCGACUACGAAUCCGGCGAAAAGUUUGAGAAUGUACCAAUCCACUGUCUGAUGCUGGGAAUUAUGAUAACUCCUAUGGCAGACGACUUCGGACAAGGGUGGAGUGCUCUGCUCAAAAGACGUCCGCUUGAUUGUCUUUUAUGCAUGCCUUCUGAAGAAGCUACCUUCCGUCGGGUAAUGGGCUUCACGAGCCUCCAGUUGCCGACAGUUCUCAGCUUUCCCGUUCUCUCUUCUUUACCCAUCACCAAAUUGUGGCACAUUUCUCGUCUUACCGAUCUCAGAGUUGCUGUGUCAACUGUAGGCAGAUGUAGCACAGCGUAG